GGAGCUAUUAAAGUUCCUAGAAGUUCUAGAAGUUUUAUAGCCCCCAAGCAAUCGCCGCUUUAACGGUCGACACAGCGAUAACGUUACAUGCUGAGGGAAAUUUAUUUUUAUAUAGAAGUCAAAGUGACUCAAUGCUCUUAAGCAAGGCACCAACUAAGAAUUAGCUAUUAACAAAUAUAAAAAUUUGUCAAGAAUGCCAAUAAUUGAGGCCUUACGUCUGAUAUUUUUAGAAAAUUUUAAACUUAGUUAUCACGCUUUCACGUAUUGGACGCACAAUGUAAACAAAACUACGAGUUAUGUUUCUUAACGACACUAUUCAAGUCCUUUGUAUUCUUCGCAAAAAUGCGAAAUAGCGCCCUAAGAAACCAUUAAUAAUUAACCAUUUGCAAAGAUCAGUGAUAUCUGAAAAGUCGACAGAACUCAAGGGGAUGGAAUCUAGGAUGGACUCCUUGUGUUGCUUUUACUUUGUUUUGACAGUUUUUGUUUCAGUUUUACUGGGGGAUGUGAAAUGCGAUGCCGUUUGCUCCGAUGGAGAGUGUGAUGGCAGAAGAGUGAGGCGAAGCCUUGGGGCGCAACAUACGAAUUGUACGGGAGGGAGAAAUACCAGCGAGGUAUUGCCUGACCUUCAAGGCUUCGAUGCCAUUAUCACCCAUAACAACUACGAUAACGUUACCAUGGAGAAUAAACAACUGUUCAUAUCGACCACGGCAAACGUGUCGGUAUCCCUGUGUCGCGGGUCAUCCCUCGGGUCUCCCGCGGUGGAGGCGCCGGGCGCUGUUCACGGGAGCGUGAAGGCCCAGAGAAUAGAGUGCACGAGUGACGCCUCAACAAUGACCAGUCCGGACUGCACUGGCUGCUUAGAGAAACAAGCAGAGUUCUCCGUCUCUGCCGAUUUAACCUGUCCGAAUGCGACCAACAGCAGCAGUGACUGUCCCGGACUCUGCCUUGCGACCACGGCCAUGUCCAAAGACCUGUACCGCAACCGCUCAACCGUUUGUCUGACCGAAGUUGUGCGGGCCCAACUCUAUGACCUGUCCGGCGGACAGUCCCUGACCAAUGGCACGCAAAUGAACGUCACGUUUAUGGUAAAGCACAAGGCAAGAUACCAAUGUCAGUUCUGGAAGGACGGUGAUUGGCAGCCCGACACAUGCACUACGGUGUACCUUUGGAAAAGGGAGGCAUUCCACUACUAUCAUUGCCUAUGUCCUUUAAUCGGAACCUUGUGUAUGUCUCUACCACGAACUGGAGGAGGAGGCUCAGACAAUACAACAUCUGGUGAAGGAGGGGCAACUCAGUCCCCAGGGGGUACCACACAGUCUAGUGGAGGAGGGUCGACACAAUCAUCCGGGAACUCAACACAUUCUGGUGGAACAACUCAGUCUCCUUGGGGUACUACACAGUCUGGCGGAGGAGGGACAACUCAGUUCCCUGGGGGUACUACACAGUCUGGUGGAGGAUCGACUACGCAAUCCUCUGCGGGAGGGCCUGCAACUACACAACCUGCCCCAGGCACCGCAUUGUUCAUCCAGAUCCACUUUAGCGGGAAAUGCGAGGAGAUAAUCGACACGCCUAAAGAACCCAAGUUCUUAGAAGACGCCAAAAAGAAUAUCGUACACAUGUUUAAUGUCCAGAAGGACAAGAUCGUGAACCUAAGAGCAAGGUGCGGCUCAAUUAUCGUCGAGUUUGCCAUCAAGUACGAUAGCCCCGAGGCUCUCCAGGGCGGUUCACAGAUCAUGGCUCAGGUCGCGAGUACAGGCUAUCCGCCCGUAACUGUCGAUAAUCAGAUGUUUGCUUUCGCCAAAGCCCUCAGUGGACCGAACCCGGGGAACAUGACAGACGUCACGCCGGCACCAACAACCUCAGGACCAACUACCAUCCGCUACCCUCUGGUGUUUGACUACACACCAAUGAUGAUGGCCGUUGCCAUAGUGUUCGCCUGCGUCGUGUUCUUUGUGUGUUGUUCGUGCAUCAUGCACUCGUGGUAUCUGCGUAAGAAGAAGUUCACUAAGUAUAACAGUAUGAGUGCCAAGGAGUACGAGCAACGUCAGAGGGCUGAGGAAAGAAAGAAAAGACUGCAGGAGACGCAGGAGAACGAGUACGAAAUGACGGCGCAUAACGUAAAAGUUGCACCCGAGCCCCCAAAAUUCGACAUGACGAACAAAAGAAUGCCUAAGGUGAACGAGACAAGCUUCACAAACUAUGACUGGGCGUACACCUCCCAUCUCCCGGCUAUGCUCGCACGACCAUCGGCGACCGAAAAUCAUUACGACGUGCCUCGGCUCAUCCUCGACAGUGACUCGGAAAACGAGGACAACAACGGUAGAAUCUACGAGAACGACCCCCUCCCCUGCACCAACACCUCCCACUUGUCCCUCGACACCGCGUCCGUCCACUUCAGCAGGAGGUGCUCGGGGGCGAGCCAGGGGGGACUCGGACCACUUGGAGAACCGGAACCGCCGGCAGAGGACGAGUACGAGGAUAUUAUCAUCAGUGAUGCACCCCCCGGCGUGCCGGAUUACGAGGCUAUCCCAAGGUCUGUUUCUCCCAGACCAGGGGGGACCCCUGAUAAUCCUGACCCCGGGUAUGAGAAUCUUGCGGGUCCGCAGUACGAUAACGUCCUAAAGCCGCCAUCGCCGCGCCCCGGGACAUCCUCCCGCCCCGGAACCCCUAAAGUGGGAGGUGCUCCAAAGUAUGAGAAUUUGGAAAAGGAGGACCCUCUGGAGGAAUACCAGAAAAUGAUGGAUAAAGAUAAAAAACGGGGGCAAGCCUACGAAAACAUGCCACCUCAAGAUGCUGACCAAGCCUACGACAACCCCAUCACCGACGAUGACGAGAAGCCCCCAGCCACGCCCAAGCGUCCCGACACAGGGGGGAAGGCCACGCCCAAGACUCCCGAUACAGAGGGCAGACCAGCGUCACAAACUAGUGAGAGUCGCCCACCAAACUCGGCUAGAAAGACGGCUAACUUAAGUGACCUUGGAGUUGAGUCAUUCGAAGACCCCGACUACGAGGCAGUGAUGUGAUAAUUAUCUCCUUUUUCUUAGAAUGAGAUGACCCUGUCCAUCUAAGGAAUAUGAAUAGUUUCUAAACAUCUUUCCUUUCUUAGAAUGAGAAGACGUUGUCCUUGGAAUAUGACUAGUUUUUCAACAUCCUCACUUUCUUAGAAUCUGAUGAAGCUGUCCUAGGAAUAUAGCUAGUUUUUCAACAUCCUUCCUUUCUUAGAAUCAACAGUUGCUGUUCUACGGAUAUGACUAGUUUAUCAACAUCCUCCUUUUCUUAGAAUCAGAUCAAAAGAUGCUGUUCCACGGAUAUGACAAGUUUAACUAUACUUUUCUUUCUUAGAAUUAAAAAAACAUUGCAAUUUGAUUCCAUAAACUCGCAAUGAUAGGAAAUUAAGGUAAUUCUAAGAAAUUUAAAGAAAAUUGCUGAGUUUUACACAUUCACGUUGUCCCUACAAGAAAAGCUUUUUGCCGAAUGGUAAACCAUCUUUCCAAAUACAAAACACAUUUAGGGCAUUUAGGACACAUUAGUUAAGUGUCGAGGAGAAGUGAUUGACGCUCAGGGAAAUGCACACUAUCUUAUAUGAAAAUACUGGUGCCAUAUUUCUCAUAGUAAAAUUUCUAGUUUGCUUUAAGUACUAUUACACAUUCAUACAACUUUUUGUAAUAAUUUAGAUAGAAAUAAACACAAUAAAAUCAAACACAUGACA